AGUUAUGAGAAAACUCCUUUCCAUAUCUUCUGGAACAUUCUUCUCUAUCUGCCUUAACAGAAGAACCAGUAAAACUUCAAAGAAUUUCAAGAUUUUCAAUUUGUUUUUAUUUUUUAUUUUUAUUUUCUUUGUUGUUGUUAUUAAAUUACUUGAAGACUGAUUCUUGGAUUUGUGUAUUUGAGUGGGUGAAAUGGCAUCAGCAUCAGCAACUACUCUCUCCGUUGGCUCAGCUGCAUCAUUUGGCUCCAUAGUGAGCCCAAAAUUACAAUCAAAGGCCUUCGUUGCGAAAUGUAAUGCCAGGAACUACCUUAGGAAUUUCAGUGGCCUCAAGGCAGAGGCAUUUGUACAAUGUGAAUCGGAGUCAUCGUUUCUGGGAAGGGAAAGUGUUGCAGCUCUUCGACAAUCCAUUACUCCUAAGUCCCAAAAGGAUAAGCAGAGAUCAUGGAACCAUGUUCAGCCCCAAGCAUCUUAUAAAGUGGCUGUUCUUGGAGCUUCUGGCGGCAUAGGCCAGCCUCUAGCUCUUCUGAUUAAGAUGUCACCACUAGUUUCAUCGUUGCACCUCUACGAUAUUGCAAAUGUCAAAGGUGUUUCAGCAGACCUCAGCCAUUGCAACACGCCCGCUCAGGUUUUUGACUUUACGGGAGCUUCUGAAUUGGCCAAUUCUUUGAAAGGUGUGGAUGUAGUCGUCAUACCAGCCGGCGUUCCCAGAAAGCCUGGUAUGACACGGGACGAUUUGUUCAACGUUAAUGCUAAUAUUGUGAAAGGCUUGGUUGAGGCUGUUGCUGACAAUUGUCCAGACGCCUUCAUCCACAUUAUCACCAAUCCAAUCAACUCCACGGUGCCAAUUGCUGCCGAGGUCCUGAAGCAAAAGGGUGUUUAUGAUCCUAAGAAACUCUUCGGUCUUACCACCCUCGACGUUGUCAGGGCAAACACAUUCGUCGCUCGGGAGAAAAACCUGAGACUCAUAGACGUUGACGUCCCUGUGAUUGGUGGGCACGCGGGGAUAACAAUUCUGCCCUUGCUAUCAAAGACAAGACCAUCAAUUGCUUUCACUGACGAAGAAGUGCAGGAACUAACCGCGAGGAUCCAAAACGCUGGCACAGAGGUUGUCGAGGCAAAGGCAGGAGCCGGAUCUGCAACACUGUCAAUGGCAUAUGCAUCAGCUAGAUUUGUCGAGUCCUCACUACGCGCCCUCGAUGGUGAUGCUGAUGUAUACGAGUGUUCUUACGUGCAAUCUGACUUGACGGAACUUCCAUUCUUUGCAUCAAGAGUUAAACUAGGAAGGAAAGGCAUCGAGGCGUUGAUUUCAUCUGAUCUCAAUGGAUUAACUGAGUAUGAACAAAAGUCUUUGGAAGCUUUAAAGCCAGAGCUGAAAGCUAGCAUUGAGAGGGGGAUAGCUUAUGCUCAAAAACAAGCAGUGACUUCUUAAAAUCAUGUUAUGUUACAUAGCCUAAAGCUAUGAGAAAUGGUUUUAGAUAAUUUUUAGGAAAGAUUCUCAGCAUGACAAUUUUGUAUGGUUCAAUUUACUAGGGCCCUCAUUUUUUUAAAAAAAUUGGUCUAAACA